GUUAAAAAAAAGCAGUAAAACGACAAGGCUCAGGAACAGCAGCGUUUAGAGCCGCAACGUGUUCCUGGGCUCUUGGAUACAGACACACCUGUCUAAACGACGUCUGAAAUCGGUAAUGUUACGUCCGGACGUUCUCUGAUCGGAAAAGAAAGGCGUUUAUAUAAUAUAUCUGGACGAUAAACAAAGCGAACCCUGAAAGCCUUUUUGUGUUAGAGUUAGAUUUCCGUUUGAAGAAGACUCUUUGGACUUAUGUCAGUCGGAACGCCUUAAAACAUCAGCGAGGUGUCAGUUUAAGAUGGAUGUGCGGCUUCUUUUAAUAGCAACAGUGGUCCUUGGUGGCAGCACGGCUCAGCAAGAUGGAAGCAUGUGCAUCAAGGCCAAUGCGCAGUCCUGUGGGGAAUGCAUCCAGGUCUCUGAGACAUGUGGAUGGUGCACAGACGAAAAUUUUCUGACGGUGGGCGAACCCAAAUCCGCUCGCUGUGACGAUCUGGAGUCUCUGAAGAAAAGAAACUGUAAAGUGAGCCAAAUCGAGAACCCACGUGGGAAAAUCGUUGUGGAUCAAGACAAUCCGGUUACGAUUCGUAAAAAGGAUGAGAAAGUGAAGCUGGAGGACAUCACCCAGAUCCAGCCUCAGAAGGUCACCGUCACGCUGCGAACCGGCGAACCACAGACUAUAAACCUGAAAUUCCGGCGGGCGGAUGAUUACCCCAUCGAUCUGUACUACCUGAUGGACCUCUCCUACUCCAUGAAGGAUGAUCUGGAAAACGUCAAGAAUCUUGGUACUGAGCUUAUGAGGGAAAUGGCCAAAAUCACCUCCGACUUUAAAAUUGGUUUUGGCUCCUUUGUUGAGAAAACGGUCAUGCCGUAUGUCAGCACCACACCACUCAGAAUGAUGAACCCUUGCUUGGGCAACCAUAACUGCACCAGCCCGUUCAGCUACAAGAAUGUCCUGUCCCUGACGAAGGAUGGAAAGAAGUUCAACAAUUUGGUCAGUCAGCAGCAGAUCUCCGGCAACCUGGACUCACCUGAGGGAGGCUUUGAUGCCAUCAUGCAGGUGGCAGUGUGCGAGAAAAUCAUUGGCUGGAGAAAUGUGACUCGACUCCUAGUGUUUUCCACUGACGCUGGUUUCCACUUUGCUGGGGAUGGAAAACUGGGGGGCAUUGUCUUACCCAACGAUGGGCAGUGCCACCUGGAGGGCAACAUGUAUACUAUGAGCCACUACUAUGACUACCCCUCUAUCGCUCAUCUGGUCCAGAAAUUAAACGACCACAACAUCCAGACGAUCUUUGCUGUAACUGAAGAGUUCCAGCCUGUUUACAAGGAACUGAAAAACCUUAUUCCCAAAUCAGCUGUUGGCACUCUAUCCUCCAACUCCAGCAACGUGAUCAAACUCAUUCUAGAUGCCUACAAUUCUCUGUCAUCUGAAGUCACUCUGGAACAUGGCAAGCUCCCAGACGGAGUCAGCAUCCAAUACAAGUCCUUCUGCAAGAACGGCGUGACGCAAACCGGCGAGGACGGCAGGAGAUGUUUCAACAUUUCCAUCGGAGACGAGGUCAACUUCCACAUUUCUAUAGAAUCCCAGAAGUGUCUUUCAAAAGACGAAAUAAUCAAAAUCAAACCGCUGGGCUUUAAUGAGGAGUUGGUGAUCAACCUGAAGUUCAUCUGCGACUGUCAGUGCUCCUCGGGUGGCGAGGCCAACAGCAAGAAAUGCUUCGACGGCAACGGGACCUUCGAGUGUGGAGCGUGCAAGUGCAAUGAGGGGCGCAUCGGGCGAGUCUGUGAAUGCAGUAAAGAUGAGGUUCGUACUGAGGACCUGGACGCCAACUGCAGAAAAGACAACGGCACUGACAUCUGCAGCAACAACGGCGACUGCGUCUGCGGGACCUGCGAAUGCAAGAAGCGAGAAAACCCUGCAGAAGUCUACAGCGGCAAGUACUGCGAAUGCGACAACUUCAACUGUGACCGCUCCAACAACAAGCUGUGUGGAGGUCACGGCCGCUGUGAAUGCAGGAAAUGCAUCUGUGAUGCAAACUACACCGGCAGCGCCUGCGACUGCUCUCUGGACACCACCCCCUGCCUCGCCAAGAACAGGCAGAUCUGUAACGGCCGCGGCGAGUGCAAAUGUGGAAGCUGCAGGUGCACCGGCUCCAAAUUCCAAGGGCCCACCUGUGAGCUGUGUCCCACCUGUCCCGGCGUCUGUGCCGAGCACAAGGACUGCGUUCAAUGUCGGGCUUUCCAGUCGGGCGACAAGAAGGACACCUGCGAGAAGGAAUGCAGCAACUUCAACAUGAUCAAGGUGAAGGAUCGGGACAAGCUGCCGCAGCCCACGGACCAGAGCUUCCCCCUGACCCACUGCAAGGAGAGGGACGCUAACGACUGCUGGUUCUACUUCACCUUCUCUGUCAGGAAUGACACCAACGAGGUGGUGGUGGUGGAGCAGCUGGAAUGCCCAGCGGGACCCGACAUUAUCCCCAUCGUGGCCGGCGUGGUCGCAGGCAUUGUGAUGAUCGGGCUGGCGCUGCUGCUCAUCUGGAAACUGCUCAUGAUCAUCCACGACCGCCGAGAGUUUGCCAAGUUUGAGAAGGAGAAGUUGAAUGCCAAGUGGGACACGGGGGAGAAUCCCAUUUACAAAAGUGCUGUAACAACAGUCGUCAACCCAAAGUACGAGGGCAAGUGAUGGAGCCGUGCCGUCACUGAACAACACUGUGCUGUGGAGAAAGGGGGCGGGGUUUUCUACCAUUAUGCUCACUGUUUCAUUGUAUCUGUAGUCUGCAAAUACGUUUUGCUACUCUUGUUUUACUAACUUGAUUUCCUAUGCAUCUUUUGUGUACAGAUGUUUGUGUGUGUGAAGCUUGAAUGUGUUUUUGUAGAUGUUCCUGCCAUGCAGCAGGCUGAGUAACAAAAACAAAAGAUGGAAGCCAUCAGUUUUGUCCAGAUGGACCAAGAGUUCUUUCCCAAGUAUCAUGUCUGGAGGGGUUAAUCUGUGAAUGUUUGGGGGGGAGCAGAGGGCCAUGGGUCUAUGAUCUCCAGCCUGACCAAAGGUCUUUGUGUGUUUGUCAAAACGAUGAAUGAAAUGAUAAUCUCUCUUCUAAACGUUGGAUUAAAGUGUGUAGGAAGCCACAUUACAGAAUGUGGUUUAAGGCCGUCGCCUUUUUGGUUCUAAAUCCAGUUGAACAAUCUUUGUUUUGUUUUUUACAUUCUUUUCUGUGUGAAAGGACUCCGUUUACACUCGAUUUACUGUUUGGUUCCAGGUUUUACUCGCUUAUUUUAAAGCCAACUCAGGUUUUUUAUUCUCCUCAGCUUUACCAAAUAUCUGCCUUAUUUGCUCACUAAUUGUUGCUCAGUAAAAUGUUUGUUUCUCUCGUGUAUAAUAUGAAUUGGGGACAAUCUUUUUUUUUUUUUUUUUUUUUAGCCCAUAGUAAUUCCACCAAAGUCUUUAAUGCCUCAAUAAACCAUUUGAUGAUGAGGAGACAGGAGUGAUGAUGAUGAUGAUGAUGAAAGAUUUUUUCAAGUGCCUUUUAAGUUCAACACCUUAAAGCAACUAUGUUCAGAAAUAUUUAUUAAAUAAACCUUCCAAACAAUCAA